AUGAACUACGCCAUUAACAUUUCCCAAGUGGCCACCGAUGCCCUAAACACACAUAAUAUUAUCCCAGACGUGGUGAAAGCUCAUGAUUUUAAGCCCUGGGGUCUUUUGGCGGCAGAAUACUCGGCCAGCGCUCCUGUGGCAAUGGGCAACUCAUUGACCGUGGACGAGACUCAGAGCAAGCCCAAAGUGCAUUUCACUUUGGACCCCAAGUCCGAGUUCAAGAUCAAGGACUCGGAUCUUUUCACCCUCGUGAUCACUGACCCAGAUGCUCCUUCCAGAACUGACAAAAAGUGGAGCGAGUUCUGCCACUACGUCGAGACCGACAUCAGACUCCCCUUCGAAUAUUCUCACAAUACAAGUUCUACGGUGCCCGAUUUCGUCGCCUCGGAAUUGAGCAACGGCAAGCCCCUCCUCGACUACAUCGGUCCUGCUCCCCCAAGCGGCACUGGUAAGCACCGCUACGUUUUCUUGCUCUACAAACAGCCUGGCGACUCCUCUUCCUUCACCAAAAUCGCAGACAGACCCAACUGGGGGUUCGGAACUCCUGCCACUGGUGUCGACAAGUGGGCCACUGAAAACCACCUUCAAUUGAUUGCAGUCAACUUUUUCUUUACCGAGAACAAGUAA